GGCCGGCAUGGAGGGGGUCCUGUACAAGUGGACCAACUACCUGAGCGGCUGGCAGCCUCGAUGGUUCCUUCUCUGUGGUGGCAUCCUGUCCUAUUAUGACUCCCAGGAAGAUGCCUGGAAGGGUUGUAAGGGAAGCAUCCAAAUGGCUGUUUGUGAAAUUCAAGUUCAUCCUGCAGAUAACACACGAAUGGACCUGAUUAUCCCAGGGGAGCAGUACUUCUAUCUGAAGGCAAGAAAUGCAGUUGAAAGGCAAAAGUGGCUGGUUGCCCUAGGAACUGCCAAAGCCUGUCUGACUGACAGCAGGACACAGAAGGAAAAAGAGUUCACUGAAAACACAGAAGCCUUGAAGACUAAAAUGUCUGAACUCAGACUGUACUGUAACCUCCUUGUUCAGCAAGUGCAUAAAACAAAGGAAGCCAGCAUUUCUGGUGUGUCAGAACCAGAGAGUGAGAUUGAUAUGGGAGCUCUGUUGAAAUCAACUUGUGACACUUUCCUGAAGACUCUUGAAGAAUGUAUGCAGAUUGCAAAUACUGCCUUCACUUCUGAGUUAUUGCAUCAGACCCCACCUGGAUCCCCAAAUUUAGCAGUUCUCAGAACGAGCAAGGUAAAGCACUCUAUCUUGUCCAGUCACGCCUCAACAGAAAGACAGGUGGAAUUGAGCCCCUGUGAAAAUGGCUGUGUAAAAGCAGAAAUUAACCAUCAAGAGCAAACAGUUAUUAAAAGUAUGGAAUGUUUAAACUUGGAAACGAAUGAGGGGACUGGUGAUGUUUAUGUUGAAGAUCAUGUAGCAAAGGAUUUGGCAGGCAUUAAAGACGAUGGAGAGGACAAGUUGCAAGCUGUAGAAAGCUGUGGUGCCCACAAGUUGCUGCAGUCAGAAACAAAUUCUUUAGGUGGAUUGAUUUUGUGUGAGGAAGAAGGAAAUGAAAAGGAUUCUCCUACCUUCUUCAGUGUCAUGAGCAAUAGGUUCAGUGAUAUUGAGCUUCGGGAGGAGGAGGGCAUACCAACAGAGGAGUUCCUGGAGUCGUGUUAUGCAAUUGUGCCUGUUCUGGAUAAGCUGGGACCAACUGUUUUUGCUCCAGUUAAAAUGGAUUUUGUAGGCAACAUCAAGAAAAUAAACCAGAAAUUUAUAACCAACAAAGAAGAGUUUGAUACCCUUCAGAAGAUUGUGCUCCAUGAAGUGAACGCAGGUGUAGCACAAGUUAGAAACUCUGCUACAGAGGCUCUCCUGUGGCUGAAAAGAGGUUUAAAGUUCUUGAAAGGGUUUUUGACGGAAGUGAAGAAUGGGGAAAAGAAUAUCCAAACAGCUCUGAACAAUGCUUAUGGAAAGACAUUAAGGCAGCACCAUGGUUGGGUUGUCCGCGGGGUCUUUGCAUUAGCUUUAAGGGCAGCUCCAACGUAUGAAGAUUUUGUGGCAGCUCUGUCUGUAGAUGAGUGCGAUCCUCAGGAAGAAACAUUUUACAAAGGGAUGCAGAGGGACCUCAACAUUUACUUACCAGCCAUGGAAAAGCAGCUAAAUAUCUUGGACACUCUUUAUGAAGUACAUGGUUUGGAGUCAGAUGAGGUGGUAUGACUACAGCAAGAUCACAUCUUAAAAAUUCAGGGACUGUGUCUGUUAACAAAGAUUUCUUCCAUUUUGGUUUUGGGACAUUGUUUCUGUUCAUUGUGUCUUUUCCGGUGGGAUGGGUGUUGAGUGUUUUGGGGGAAGGGUAUGUGUGAUUUUUAUCUUUUCAUUACGCUUGUGUUGCAUUUAAAUGCAGAGGUACUGUCUUUCUCUGGAUCAUAACUAUGUCCAUGAUGAAUGUUUUUGACUGUUUCUCUUCUGCCUGUGCACCUCAUCUUCACCUCAUAAAAGUAACAGAGCAGAAUCUGGCCUUUGCUGCCGUACCUGAGGAGAGACCUGCUCAUGCAGCAGAACUGUUGGGUGACCAACAUGGCACCCAGGCAGGUGCUGCUGCCUCUGACUCUCCCAUUCCCUGUGCCCACUCCCUGCCAUAAUGUAGGAGGAUAGUGAGAGUUAUUGUUAUCCCAGCGGCAGAAGAGAAGGACAGCUAAACACCACCUUGUAAUGUGGUGAAUUUGUCCCUCAAUUUGGGUUGAAGCUCUUUAAUGCAAAUAAUAUAUUUGCAUGACAUAAGUAUUUAUUAAAUUAAAUAAACAUUUUAAUCCAAAUAUUACAGAGAUCUUCACCACAGGUGUAUGUGGCUGGUGGUCUGAGUGGCCCCAAGGUCUAGCCUUUGAAACAGGAUGUCGUGUUUCCUGACCAGCUCCCAGUACAUGCUAUGGCUUCCCUGCCAGCUCCUGCUAGUGGGCCACAAAUUUGCAGGCACAGACUCAGCCCAGCAAAUUUCAACAGUACUUUACACAAGCAUUUGAAGAUCACAUCCAUCAUCCUGGCUUAUUAAGGUUUAGGAGGGUUUUUCUGGUUUAGGUUUUUGGGUUUUCUUCAAUCAAAUUCAUGCAAAACUGUAAUGGUUGCUUUUAAGUUGAGUACAGCUAGCAGUUUGAAAAGCAGAUAUCAUUAAAAUCCUUUGUAGACUGUCAUUAUGGGCAGAAACUUCAUGAAAGUGGACAUGAAAUGAGUAAAGUAUAGGGGAAGCUGAAAUUUAUGAUGGAGCUAUUAAACAUGGGACCAAUUACAAGUCUAGAAUUUUGAAAUUAUUUAGAAGUGACUAGAAAUUAAGAAAUAUUUCCCCUGUUUCCCAUUUUGCUGACACAGAUAAAAACAUGUUCCUUAGCAUUGCUGCUAUUAAAAAUAAUGAAGAAGUUCUUUUAGUUAGUGAUAUGGUUAGGGACAAAAUUCCUAGUUGUGUUGAUGACCAACCAAAAGGCUGUCUGUGAAUUACUGACUCCAGUUCAAGGCAUAAGCAGGUCUCUCUGUGUAGACCUAGGGCUUCAGAUGGCUUAGUACAAAGAGCUAAGUUUAACUCAUCUGCAGGAGGGGAGAAGACUGUGCUAGUGAAGUACUUAGAAUUAGUAAGUUUUCAUAAAUACAGAAGGCAGUGUUGCCAAACUCACAGAAGUAGUGCUGGCUUUUGCUAGGCUAAAACCAGUGUUGUUAGUAACAUGAAUGUACUGCAGACCUACUGCCCUGCAUUGCUCUGUGACAGGAGCCUCUGCACACUGAAUACUUGAUCCUUUCUUAAGAGCCUAGCAUGGUGAGCUUUAAGAAAAGCAUAUGAUACUUGAAGAAAAUGCCAACAUCAAACUUACUGUAUAAAGAAAGAUACCAGGGCUCUAAUUAGAUGCUCAUAGAGUCAUAGAAUAUGUUGUGUUGGAAGAGACCCAAGGGAUCAGGACCAUCAAGCCCAACUCCUGGCCCUGCACAGGACAGCCCAAGAAUCCCACCAUGUGCCUGAGAGCAUUGUCCAAAAGCUACUUGAACUCAGAUGGGCUUGGUGCUGUAACCAUUUCCCUGGGGACCCUGUUCCCAUGUCCCAUCACCCUCUGUGUAAAAAACUUAUCUGGUACCCAACCUAAACCUCCCCUGACUCAGCUUCAUGUAAUUUCCUUGAAUCCUGUCACUGGUCACGAGAGUGAAGAGAUCAAUGUCUGUUCCUCUGCUUUUUUGUGAGGAUGUUGAAGACCAUAAUGAGGUCUCCCCUCAGUCUCCUCUUCUCCAGGC